UUUCUACAUAAGAACACUACACCAUGAGUUUCACCACCAUGUGUUUCUCACAUUAGGCCCUGGAAACUUUUCUGGGUCUCCUAAUCGUGUGCCCAAAGAUUAGGUUUUGUUCUGCUUGGAAGUUUAAGAUCCCUCCGCUUUUUUGUCCAAAAAAAAAAAAAAACAGAGAGAGAGAGAGAGAGAGAGAGAGAGAGGUAGAGAUAGAGAGAUAAAAGAAAAAAGAAAAAGGUUGAUUGUGAGCUCUUGAAUUGUUCUCUUCUUCACAUUUCUGUUCAAAAGUGAGGAAUUGAAGGAUUGAGAGGAAAUUGAAGCGAUGGGAUUAGAGUUGAGGCAAGUGGUGGCUGCUAUACUCACCAUCACAAUGUUCGUGAUGCUUGCAAAUAUGAUCAAGAGAGACCAUUUUGAUGCUCAAGAAGCACUUCCAGGAACAGAGAAUGCUAAUUUUGUGAGAGCAAAGCUUGAUAGCUAUUUAAGAAAGAGGGUUGCACCUUGGAAGAGAGAUGUGGACGCGUUGAAACCAUGCUGGCUAAAGCCAUAUGCUGAUGAUGUGGAGCAGACUAAGGGGUUUGUUAUAUUUUCAUUGACCAAUGGCCCUGAAUUUCAUAUUUCUCAGAUUGCAGAUGCAGUGAUUGUUGCUAGAUAUCUUGGGGCUAAACUUGUGCUCCCUGACAUUAGAGGGACCCAACCUGGUGACAGGAGGAACUUUGAGGAAAUUUAUGAUGUUGAUGCAUUCAUGAAAAGCAUGGAAGGAGUUGUAAGAGUGGUAAAGGAUCUUCCUGAUUAUAUAUCUUCUCGGAAUAUUGCUGCGGUGAAGGUCCCUAAUCGGGUCACUGAAGACUACAUAGCUGCCCGUGUCGAGCCAAUUUAUAGAUCGAAAGGAAAUAUUAGACUUGCAACUAACUUCCCUUCAAUAAACAUGAGAAAGGGAGGCAAAAAAGGUGAUAGUGAUUCUGUUGCAUGCUUAGCAAUGUUUGGAAGUUUAGAGUUGCAACUAGAAAUACAUGAAUUGAUUGAGUUAAUAGUUGAAAGACUAAGAACCUUGAGCCAGAAUUCAGAUGGUCGGUUUAUAGCUGUGGACUUGAGGGUUGACAUAUUGGAUGGGAAGGGUUGCGAUGGAAGCAGCAACGAUAAACAAGGGAAGAGCUGUUUCAAUGCACAAGAAAUUGCAGUAUUUUUAAGGAAGAUUGGUUUUGACAAGGAUACCACCAUAUAUGUGACUGGAUCAAGGUGGGAUAACAGCUUAGAUUCUAUGAAAGAUCUGUUCCCUAAAACUUAUACAAAGGAUGCCAUCAUGCCUGAAGAUAAGAGGUCAAGAUUAUUGGAUUCUGAAGGUUCUGAAUUCGAGAAAGUGAUCGACUUUUACAUAAGUACUGAGAGUGACGUUUUCGUUCCGGCAGUCCCAGGUUUGUUCUAUGCCAAUGUAGCUGGUAAGAGAAUUGGUUCUGGUAAAACCCAGAUAUUUCUUCCAGCUGACAUUUCAGAUUUGUCUUUUUCUGCCACCGACUUCCUCUCGCCUUAUGUCUACAAGAAAAACCACUUCGCAUACUCUUGUUACUGUUAACAUGUGGUUUUAAAAAGAAGGGUAUUAGAAAGUGUUCAGAAACCUUAAAUAUGGUUUUGCUUAUUCAAAGUUGUGAGAGUUCCCAGUAAAAGGAUGGGAAGGGAGGAAGAAAGGGUUCAUUUUAAAGAGGUAACUGGUAUUUAGUAUGUACACAGGAAUUUCAAGUUCAUAUAUGAAGUUUGUAAAAAUAUUGUUGCCUCAUGAUUGUUUACAGUUGGUGAAACUAGCGAGAUGCAUUCAUUUCA